AUGAUCCGAACCGCGAAACCCGAUUUAAAUCCGGUAUCUGUAAUUCGGCUUGCUUUCUUGGGCAGAGACCUACAAAGCGGAAUUCGGCGAGAAGAUAAGUCGAGAGAGAGAAAUGGAUGCGAGAACCCAAUAAAAAUUAAGUCAAGAAGAAGAAGACGCGUAAUGGCUGGCCAAAUGUUAUGCACCAACUCAUCCUUACCGAUCCAUCAUAACAACAAAUCUCCUCUGCUAUCACUACACGAGAUUGCAGAAAAUGUUGUUCGGUAUCCUUCUCGGCGCGCCGGCGGGAAAUUAUCGGUGCAGUGCUCGGAAAACCAAACCCAGAUUUUGAGGACUUGCAAGCAUUGCAAAAGCCAGUUCGAUCCUCUGCAAAACCAUCCCCGCGCUUGUCGUUUUCAUUCUGCUCAUUUUGGGGGAGAAACUAAGAGAAAGUUUGAGAGUGUAUAUACGGGUGGAACCAUGCAUACACCUGAUUCGGGAAAGGUUUACCAAUAUUGGCAUUGCUGUGGAUCUGAAGAUCCCUUUGAUCCCGGAUGCACUGCAGCACCUCACUCUUCAUACGACGAUUGAAUAUGCCAUGUUAAGGAUACUGAGUCUGGAGAUAUUUUUGUGAGAUUAUUCUCAUCAUCUACUUGUAAUUUCUUUCAUAUGUUUUCGUAGUCCAUACUUCCAAAAUGUGAAACAUUUUCUUACAUUGCCCUUACAUAAUAAUAGAAACAAACAAGAAUCGUAGCCUUUGCA